AGGUCAGCCAGGCACUUGUUGUCAUUGCUGACGUCUGACAGUACAGCUGGUCCCAGUCAGGAAAAUGCCAGGUUUUUUUGUGUAUUUUUUAUUGCGUUAAGGAUAGUUUGUGAGAAAAUAAAACCCUGUUAUAUAAAUGAAUUUGUGCAUGCAUGGUUAUGUUGAAAUUACUUAAAAAGUAUAUGCAUUCAUUUCAUGAUUCCGCCUCCAUAGGCAGCACCUUGUUCAGCAGCACCUUGUUCAGCAGAGGGCCACCAUCCAAACUGAGAUGACCCGAUCAUUUCCUGUUUUUUUUAAUAAAGGGCGGGGUAAAAGGCGGAUUACUUCAACAACCACUAGCAAACCCGCUAAAAUAUUGCCUGUGAACAUUUAUUUGCUGCCUCACCUCUUUGACCGAACGCCUAAAGAGAGUGAGCAACUCAUUCACAUGCAGGCUGGGUUGGGCAGAAAAACAAUGCAUGAGGAAAAUGCCACCUAUGUAGAAAUAUGUGCCCGACUGAAGGAGAUGUACCCCAAAUUUCAAGAAAUAAAGGGGGGUUGGCUUCUCUAUAAAUCUUCAGGAGGAUGGGGCUCCCGGAAGCUCACUCUUAUUCCACCGGAUGAAAGUGGGUACAAUGCUAAGAAUUUGAAGACGGCAACAAAUGGAUUUAAAGGAGUUCUUUACAUUGCUCCACUACAAAUAGAACUUGACACCACUGCUCUGCCACCUGAAUCUGAAUCUUUAAAUGAAAUGCCAAAAGAGAAAUGCCAGAGAUGUGGAGUCAGUUAUCCACUACUGAUUCUGACUACACACAUAAAUACCUGUGUGACCAGUGAGGAUGCUGAACAGACUGGUGAUGAAGCUGAACAGACAAAUGAUGAUGCUGACCAGACCAGUGAUGAAGCUGAACAAACCAAACAAGCAACUUGCCCCAUAUGUCAAAAAGAAAUGUAUCUCGAUGUAAUAGAGAUUCACACAAGUUUUUGCAUGGGUGACAGUAUACAACCUCUGGAAUUAAAUAUGUCUAUGGAAGAACCAUCUACAUCUGGAGUUUACGUGCCGUUGACGUAUACCGCUGAACCUUCAAAUGCAGCUAAAGCCACAAGCAUGAGUCAUGAUUGGAAAAUUGAACCAGAUAAAAAUAAAGCAGCAUCCUUAUACACUAAGGAAAUAAUUAGCCAACAUGAGACUGGAAAUUCCCUCUUGAUGACCAUGGAUUUGAGGAUGGACAAGGAAGAUCAAGACAGAGAACUUGUUGCAUUCUACAAACAAAACGGCAUAGAAUGGGCAUGCCCUGUGAAGUGCAAACUCCAAGGGGAUGCUGCCAUUGGUGAAGGUGUGACUAGACACUUCUUUUCAACUGUUAUACAGAGGCUUCAGCAUGGUUUCAAUUUUAACAUGGGUAUGUUAACUAUUUUUAUGGAACAUUGACUGGCAUUUUGUUUCAUCUUUGAAUCCACAAUGUUAAUUUAAGCCCAUUAUUUUAAAACGGGAUAUACUGCAAGGACCUGUCUCUUUGAAGGUGAACCAGGCCAUCUUGUUCCAUCAUCUUCACAAUUUCUCAUAGAGAGUGAUCUGUUCCUAGUUGCGGGACGCAUGAUUGGACAUGCAUUCCUACAUGGUGGACCUCGGCUGGCUGGAGUCAGCCGAGCAAUAGUCCAUGUACUUCUAGGUGGUUCAGCUGAGACUGCUACAGUGCAAAUCGAAGACUGUCCUGACCAUGAUAUUCGUGAAACCAUAAAACUGCUUGAUGGAGAGGCAGAACUCAGUAGUGAAGAAUAUCAAGCUGUCCUUGACCUGAGUCUUGCUUGGGAUCUUCCUGGCCCAACCAAAGAAAACCGGAAGUGGCUUUUUGAGCGCCUAUUAUCACAUGCGGUCAUUGGAAGGAGAUUACGGCAGUUGAAACAAAUACGUAAAGGACUUAAAGAAACCAGAGUGUGGCCACUGUUGAGUGAAAGGAAAGAUGUGGAAAUCUUUCUGAGGGAAAAUGAAAAUUCACUCACCCCAUCGAUGCUGCUUCAAUGUAUCUGCUGGCCCUCGGAUAUCAAUGUGAAUGAUGAUGAUGAUGAUGACGACGACGAAGAUUGUUCGCUAGAAGAUAGAUGUCGCAUCUCGUGGUAUUUGCGUCACUUCAUUGAGACAGCAUCCAGCUCAGACCUUAAAAACUUGGUGAAGUUUUGGCUUGGGUGGGAAGUGCCAGAAGGAAAGAUGGUAGUGGAAGUGGUUAACUCUGAGAUGCCGAAGUCCUCCACUUGUUUCAAUGUGCUACGCCUCCCAGCCCAC